GUGUUACCAUAUAUUAGGGAAAACGAACGCAAGUGAUCAUACAAUUCCUAAGAAAAUCUAAAAGUGAUCUUCGACAGCAACAAUCAGUUUUUCCACCAACCUGCCCAUUCAUAUAGCUACCAUGCGACAGCACAAAGGACCAGAGUUCGCCACGAAAGGGUGCCGGUGUCCGUCCCUUCUUCAGAAAGUGUUGACAAAGUGGCGCUUGCUUGGUGUCUAGUAUGCGUUUACAUUGUGUGGGAGGAUGAUGAGAAAAUGGACAUCAUGCGCAAAGCAUUCCAAAUGUUUGACACCCAAAAGACCGGUUUCAUUGAAACACUUCGCCUCAAGACCAUCCUAAAUAGUAUGGGUCAAAUGUUCGAUGAGAGCGAAUUGCAAGAUCUCGUCGAUGAGAAUGAUCCCGAAGAUACCGGCAAAGUGAAUUUCGAUGGUUUCUGUAAUAUAGCGGCACAUUUUCUCGAAGAAGAGGAUACCGAGGCUAUACAAAAGGAAUUGAAAGAAGCUUUCCGUUUGUACGAUCGUGAGGGUAACGGUUACAUUACCACAUCCACAUUGAAGGAAAUUCUCUCGGCUUUGGAUGAUAAACUCUCCUCAAGUGAUUUGGAUGGUAUUAUUGCGGAAAUCGAUACUGACGGUUCGGGAACUGUAGAUUUCGAUGAAUUCAUGGAGAUGAUGACUGGAGAUUAAUUCUUUUUAUGUACAACUACACGCGUACCUACCUAUAUACUUAUAUGUUGCAUACACAUAUACACACAUGCACACAUACUAAGUGGUGCAACGAGAAUAGAUGAAGGAGGGGAGGCAUUGCAAUAAAUACCAACAAUAAAAACAGACGUGCAAAUUGUUAUGGAUCGUUUUGUAUGUUAUGUUCUACUUGUUGUUGUUGUUAUAGUGUUUGAUUUUACAAAUGUGUGUAUUAAAAUGAAAUUAAUUAUAAAUUUAUGCAUAUUUAUUUCGAGUAUAUAUAAAUACUACAUAUAAAAUAUUAUAGACCUUACAUAUGUAUAUGUUACAUAUAUAUGUAUGUAUGUAUGUAUGUAAUAAAAAUGAUCCAAAAACU